AUGGCCGUCAAAACGGACAUGAGUAAGGCCUAUGAUCGACUGGAGUGGAGUUUCUUGAGAGAUGUCAUGGUCCGAUUUGGCUUUCACCCUACAUGGGUGCAUUGGAUUAUGGAAUGUGUUAGCUCGGUUUCAUACUCAUACCUCAUCAAUGGGGGCGCUCACGGUUGUGUUGUUCCGUCGCGUGGGAUCCGACAAGGCGACCCGCUGUCUCCCUAUUUAUUUAUUUUGUGCUCUGAGGUCUUAUCGGGACUCUGCUCUAAGGCGCUUGAACAAGGAAAGCUGUGUGGCAUCAAGGUAGCGCGCAAUUCACCACCUCUAAAUCAUCUCCUCUUCGCCGAUGAUACGAUGUUCUUUUGCAAGAGUGACCCGAUAUCUUGCAAAGAACUAAAGAACAUCCUUGAGAAAUAUGAGGUUGCUUCUGGCCAAAGCAUCAAUUGUCUGAAGUCUGCUAUAACCUUCUCUGCCAAAACACCCAUUGAAACAAGACGCAGGGUCAAAGCGGAGCUUAACAUUGUGGGUGAGGGGGGUAUAGGUAAAUACCUUGGCCUCCCGGAGCACUUCAACAGAAAGAAGAGAGACAUAUUUGCUAGCAUUAUUGAUCGGAUCAGACAAAAGUCGCAUAGCUGGACCUCUAGGUACCUCAAUGGCGCAGGGAAGUUGGUCCUCUUGAAGUCUAUUCUCUCUGCUAUGCCCACCUAUGCGAUGACGUGCUUCAAGUUGCCUAAGUCAUUCUGCAAACAGAUACAAACUGUGCUCACUCGCUUUUGGUGGGACGACAAACCAGAUCAUCGUAAAAUGUCUUGGGUUGCUUGGAGUACUCUUACUCUACCUAAGAGAGCUGGCGGUUUGGGAUGUCGGGAGAUUGAGAAGUUUAAUGAUGCUCUGUUAGCAAAGUUGGCCUGGCGAAUACUGAAGUUUCCAGAGUCCUUGCUGGCUCAAACACUGGCAGGGAAGUACUGUCACUCCACCCCAUUCCUCUCAACUCCAGCUCCUAAAUCGGCUUCUCAUGGUUGGCGUGGAGUUAUAGCGGGCAGAGAGGUGUUACGCCAAGGCCUAGGAUGGGUUAUUGGUAACGGAUCGGACAUCAACGCCUGGUCUGAUCCUUGGCUCUCCCCAAAGACUCCAAUGUGUCCAAUGGGUCCACCUACAGAGCAGAACAAAGAGCUGAAAGUAUCGGACCUUUUGAAUGGCAUUACAAAGGAAUGGGAUCUGCCUGCGAUUAGACUACACUUACCUCAGUAUGAGGAACACAUUUUGAAACUAGUUCCUAGCGAGUUCCACAUGAAGGAUGAACUCCGCUGGCUCCAUACACGUUCUGGAGAGUACUCAACCAAGACGGGCUACACAUACUGGAAGACAAAUCGUGGUGAAGAGCUGACUGACUUCAACUGGAACCUCUGUAUAUGGCAAAUUAGAACUUCCCCGAAGCUGAAACAUUUCCUAUGGAAGAUCAAAAGUAAAGCUCUGCCAGUUGGUGCAAAUCUUUUACACAGAGGGAUUCAAGUGGAAGGGCGUUGUAAGAGAUGUGGAUUGAUAGAAACAGAGCGUCAUGUUUUUCUACAAUGCCCAUUUGCCCGUCGUGUUUGGGAUCUGGUGCCUGUCAUGUUCAAACCAGACCCAUCGAUCAUCACCUCCCCGGAAGCUCUUUUGCAAACCUCGCGACGCAUAGUUAAUCUGCCACCACUGGGCCUUGGUGAAACUGAUCUCUAUCCUUGGAUCUUCUGGUACUUGUGGAUAGGGAGAAACAGGUUGAUUUUUGAGAACCGAGAGGGAUCAGAGCAAGAACUGGCUCGUCAGGUUUCUAACUUGGAUGUGGAGGCUCAAUGUUUUGUAGAUGCAGCGUGGAAUGCUGGCACCAGUGGCGGAGGAUUUGGGUGCAUCUUCAAAGAUAUGAGCAACAAGACCUUCCAUCGCUCUUCAUCAAACCGCAGCAUCGUUGGCUCUGCUCUAAUUGCAGAAGCUCUUGCGGUUAAAGCUGACUUAAAAGCGGCACGGUCUCUGGGUUUGCGUAAGCUGGUCAUUUGA